AUGCGAAAGGCCGCUCGGAUUCUCUCUCGCGUUCGCCAUGAACGGUGUCGACACUCUCCGUUCAGCUGCUCCAUUUCCCAAAUCCAUUUCUUAUGCUCCUCUCGCGAGCCGGAGGAUAACAAAUUGCAGGAUUACAAGCUUGUCAAUCACCGGAGCAUAAUUCAGUAUGAUACUCGUUCUCCUCGGCGGCGUCUGGAUUUCGGAGCAUUUGGUUUUCUGACCAGAGCUAAAAAGAUUAAGAAGAUUGAAGUGGAGGAUCAUGGCCAGCGAGCAGUCACAACAGCCUUAUGGUGCAAUUUCCUUGUUUUUUCUCUUAAAUUUGGGGUGUGGUUAUCAACCUCAAGCCAUGUAAUAUUGGCUGAAGUUGUGCAUUCAGUGGCAGACUUCGCAAAUCAGGCUCUACUUGCAUAUGGUUUAAGUAGCUCUCGCCGUGCCCCAGAUGCUCUUCAUCCAUAUGGUUAUUCCAAGGAGAGAUUUGUGUGGUCUUUGAUUUCUGCUGUUGGUAUAUUUUGUCUCGGCUCUGGUGCUACUAUUGUCCAUGGUGUUCAAAAUCUCUGGACUGCCCAGGCCCCGGAACAUAUAGAGUACGCUGCUCUUGUGAUUGGUGGCUCAUUCAUUCUUGAAGGUGCUUCUCUUGUUGUUGCUAUCCAUGCUGUUAGAAAAGGUGCUGCGGCUGAAGGAAUGAAAGUGAGAGACUAUGUCUGGCGUGGUCAUGACCCUACAGCUGUUGCUGUCAUGACAGAGGAUGGUGCUGCUGUUACUGGUCUUGUCAUUGCUGGUGCAUCAUUGGUGGCUGUAAAUACCACAGGAAAUGCAAUUUACGAUCCUAUUGGUUCGAUUAUUGUGGGAAACCUCUUGGGAAUGGUUGCGAUAUUUUUGAUUCAGAGGAAUCGCCAUGCUUUGAUUGGCCGAGCUAUUGACCAUCAUGAUAUGGAAAAAGUUCUCCAAUUUCUGAAAAAUGAUCCAGUUGUGGAUGCUAUAUAUGAUUGCAAAAGCGAGGUGAUUGGACCAGGAUUUUUUAGAUUUAAGGCUGAAAUAGACUUCAAUGGUGUUGUAUUGGUGCAAAACUAUCUAAAACGAACUGGACGUGAGGAGUGGGCUAAACAGUUUCGGGAGGCUGCCAAAGCUGAGGACGAUACUGCAUUGCUCAAGAUCAUGUCAAACUACGGUGAGGAGGUCGUCACAGCUCUUGGGAGUGAAGUUGAUCGGCUCGAAAAAGAGAUUCAAGAAAUAGUCCCGGGAUAUAUGUUCCGCCACAAGAUGCCGGUUUUCAAUUCCGAUCGAGACAAUGUGGAUCGUGAGACUUCAGAAAAGACCAGCCGCGGCGACAUACCUAGCAACCGACGCCAAAUGGCUGAUAAGGGAGGAGUGAUUGUUCCCGAGUCUGUUCUAAAGAAACAGAAGAGGAAUGAGGAAUGGGCUUUGGUCAAGAAGCAGGAGCUUGCUGUCCUGAAGGAGAAAAAUGCUGCAAACAGGAAGCUGAUUUUCAACAGAGCCCAACAAUAUGCCAAGGAAUACGCAGAGCAGGAGAAGGAGCUGAUUCAACUCAAGCGUGAGGCAAGGCUGAAGGGAGGAUUUUAUGUGAAUCCGGAGGCUAAGUUGCUUUUCAUCAUUCGCAUUCGUGGUAUUAAUGCCAUGCACCCAAGGACUAAGAAGAUCUUGCAGCUGUUGCGCCUUCGUCAGAUUUUCAACGGCGUGUUUUUAAAGGUUAACAAGGCAACAGUGAAUAUGCUGCACAGGGUUGAGCCCUACGUGACUUAUGGGUACCCCAACUUGAAGAGCGUUAAGGAAUUGAUCUACAAGAGGGGCUAUGGCAAGGUUGACAAGCAGCGGAUUGCUUUGACCGAUAACUCGAUCAUUGAACAGACCCUUGGCAAACAUGGAAUUAUCUGCGUGGAGGAUCUUAUUCAUGAGAUCUUGACUGUGGGGCCACAUUUUAAGGAGGCUAACAACUUCCUUUGGCCCUUUCAACUGAAGGCUCCUUUGGGUGGUCUGAAGAAGAAGAGGAAUCACUAUGUCGAAGGAGGAGAUGCUGGAAAUCGUGAAGACUACAUAAACGAGCUCAUCAGGAGGAUGAACUAG